CUGGUGGGAGGAGUGGAGACAGCAGCAAGGCGUUUCCUACAGAAAAAGUUACAGCUCCCUAUAUGGCUAACCACUUGUGUGCUGUAUGUGUGGAGGGCACGGACGCAGAGCGGCACAUCUGAUCAUCAGAGUCUCCUGACCACCCGUCAUCCAGCUGAAGUGUCCUUGAGCCAAGCGCCGACUCUCUGCCAGGUACAGAGAAACCUGAUCCAGCAUGGAGUGGAGGCGGGCUGCUCUGGUCGGCCUCAUCAUGGCGGCGUGUUUCUGCAGCAGCGGUGCUCAGACAACAGUCUGUACUGAAGAGGCCGUGGCAGACAUCGUCUUCCUGGUCGAUGGCUCGUGGAGCAUCGGCGCCGAGAACUUCGAGCAGAUCCGCCAGUUUCUGUUCACGCUGGUCGAUAGCUUUGAUGUCAGCCCUGAUCACGUCCGCAUCGGCCUUGUCCAGUACAGUGACAAUCCACUCACAGAGUUUCUGCUCAACACCUUUGAGAACAAGGAGGACAUCCUCAACAACAUCAUCAAACUGCCUUACAGGGGGGGCGGCACCAUGACCGGUAAAGGCUUGGAAUUCAUGUCGAACGAACACUUUGUGGGGAAAGCUGGAAGCCGAGCUGCGCAGAAAGUGCCGCAAAUUGCUGUGGUGAUCACUGAUGGCAAAUCCCAAGACGAUGUAGAGUCUCAUGCUAAGAACCUGAGGAGAAGAGGGAUUGUUUUGUAUGCAAUUGGUAUCAAAGAUGCAGAUGCAAGCCAGCUGAGGGAGAUUGCAAAUGACGAUCAGCAUGUUUACAGUGUGUCAGAUUUUGCAGCGCUGCAGGGAAUUUCUCAGAACAUCAUCCAGACGCUAUGCACAACUGUAGAAGAAGCCAAACGACAACUCCUGCAACUGUCUCCAGAAUGUGCCAGAGCCACCGUGGCAGACAUCGUCUUCCUGGUUGACAGCUCAACUAGCAUUGGCGUUGAUAACUUUGAGGAAAUUAGGCAGUUUCUCCGAAGUUUCAUUUUAGGCCUUGACAUCGGCCCUGACAAAAUUCGGAUUGGCUUGGCUCAGUAUAGCGACGAGACCUACCAGGAGUUUCUGCUGAAAGAUCACAUGGACAAGGAUUCUCUGCUGGCCGAAGUCGAUCAGUUUCCAUAUCGAACAGGAGGCACAGAAACAGGAAAGGCCAUUGACUUCCUCCAGUCAGUGUACUUCACUCAGGAGGCAGGGAGCCGGGCGAGCCAGCGAGUUCCUCAGUUUGCUGUAGUCAUCACAGACGGGGACUCCACGGAUGACGUAGUCGAGCCCGCCAAGCGCCUGCGCGAUCAAGGAGUUAUCAUAUUUGCCAUUGGGGUGGGAGAUGUUAACCAGCAGCAGCUCGAGUCUAUCGUAAACCUACCUGCACACCACUUCCUUUACACUAUCGAUAGCUACCAGGCUCUACAGCGGCUAACAGACAGUCUGCUGCAAACUGUAUGCAUCUCCGUGGAGAGUCGGAGUCAAGCGUUGGCAGAAAAGUUUGCAGACAUUUUCUUCCUGGUGGACAGUGGCAUCAGUCAAGCAGAUUUCCAGCAGGUCAGAACCAUCCUGGUCCGACUGGUCAAUCAACUCAACAUUGGAGCUUCUGGCAACCGUCUCGGACUGGCCCAGUACGGUACGGUUACCAAAGUGGAGUUUCUCCUUAAUGCUUUCCAAACCAAAGAGGCGGCGCUCACUGGUGUAAGGUCCUUCCGCCAGAGCCGACUUAAGCCCAAUCAGCCACGCAACCUGGGCAGUGCACUGGAGUACGCCAGCUCUAAUUUCUUCACGAAUGAAUCAGGAAGUCGGGCAUCCCAAGGCUUCCGACAGUUUCUGGUUGUUCUAAGUGGAAAAGACUCAGAUGAUCCAGUUUUUAAGCAGACACGUCUGAUCAAAUCACUAGGCGUAACUAUCGUGGGAGUGAGCUUCGGUGCAUCAAUGGACGAAAUGCGUGUAAUAGCCACGGCGCCGUACGUGUACGAGUCUACCUUCAAUGCAGUGCCCACUCUAAAGACCAUUUUUGAAAGAGAGGAAGAGGAGAUCACUCUCACUCAAGGUGAAAAGUCUUUACUUUCAUUAUUGUUGUCAUCAGUCAUAAAAUCAACUCCUGUGCAUGUUUGA